AUGACCGCCUCGCCGCCGCUGGCCGCCAUCGCGUCGGUGGCUGCAGGCGACACGCCGGACUCUGUCGUCGUGCGCUGCCUCAGUUUCUCCUUCCCCUUCAGCCCCCCCGUCAUCCACGACCUCAGCCUGGAGCUGCCCCGCGGCUCUCGCUGCCUGCUGACGGGCGCAAACGGCGCGGGCAAGACGUCGCUGCUGCAGGUGCUGGCCGGCAAGUACAUGGUUGGGCAGGACACGGUUCGUAUUCUCGGGCGCCCCGCUUUCCACGACAUCCAGCUGGUGGCCAGCGGCGACUUGAGCUACCUGGGGCCGCAGUGGCGCCGCGACAUCGCCUUUGCCGGCAACAACGUUCCCAUGCAGGGCGACAUUGCGGCGGGGCAGAUGCUGAUGGGGGUGGAAGGCGUGGACCCUGAGCGGCGGGACAGGCUCAUAAAGCUCCUCGAUGUCGAUCUGAGCUGGCGGCUCAACAAGGUGUCGGACGGCCAGCGGCGGCGCGUGCAGAUCUGCAUGGGGCUGCUCAAGCCCUACCAGGUGCUGCUGCUGGAUGAGAUCACGGUGGACAUGGAUGUGGUGGGGCGCCUCGACCUGCUGGCCUUCUUCACGCAGGAGUGCGAGGAGCGGGGCGCCACCAUCAUCUAUGCCACCCACAUUUUCGAUGGGCUGGAGAGCUGGCCCACGCACUUUGCCUAUUUGGAAGGCGGCAGGGCGGUGCGAGGUGGCCCUGUCAGCGGCAUCCCCGAGCUCCACACGGGCAGCAAGCUGCUGCAUGUCGUUGAGGGAUGGCUGAGACAAGAGAAGGCGGAGCGUCGGAGGCGGCAGGCGGCAGCGGGCGAGCAGGCGGCGGCACCGGUCGCGCCCCGCAUCUCCCACCCGCUCAUGCCCUCCAAGCACAUGGCAUUCUUCAGAUAG